AUGACUUCUCCCAAUAACGCCAAUAGACUAUACGAGGCUGCUUCCAAGAACCGUCUGGAUGAGCUCGAGUCACUCAUUGCUGCCGGCGUCGACCUGAACGCGUCGACUGGAGACGACGAAGAUCAAGGCACCGCUCUGUACGCCGCAGCAAGCGAAGGACAUGUCGACGCCAUAAGACUCCUCCUCUCCCACGGCGCAGACCCUGACGCUCGCGGUGGUCGAUUCGCAAACCCGCUACAAGACACAUCCAUCAACAACAGCCCGGCUCAUACGGAGAUUGCAAAGUUACUCAUCUCUCACGGCGCAGACGUCAAUGCUCAAGGCGGCGGGUUUGGCAAUGCGCUCCAAGCAGCUGCGACCUCUCCGAUCAACAAGAAUCUUGUUCGAGUACUGCUUGAGCAUGGCGCGGACCCGAAUACCUCCUGCGGCAUGUUUGGAUUUGCACUACAGGCUGCUGCUGACGGAGAAGGCAAUGACGAUAUCAUUGAGUUGCUUUUGGACAGUUAUGGGGCGGACGUCAAUCGUGUCGGAGGAAACUGGGGCACAGCACUGCAAGUUGCCUCGGAAGCAGGGUUCGAGAGUACGAUAUUGCUACUGUUAUCCAGGGGCGCUGACCCUAAUAUUGUGGCUGGUUGGCAUGGUACUGCGUUGCAAGCAGCAGCGUACAGAGGCUUUCGAAGGAUUGUUGAGAUCUUGCUUGAGCACGGCGCCGAUGUUGACAUUCAAGGCGGUGCAAAGACUAAUGCGAUUCAAGCUGCAAUGGAAGGGCACGGUAGACCGAAUCCGGAACUUGCAGAGUUUCUCCGGAGCCAGAGUGAGGCAAGAACGAGUGGGUAG